CCCUCCUCCCCUCCGCCGGCAGAUGGUUUGCUCCGCGGACACCCGAUAUAUAGCGCCGUCCGGGGGCGCAUCCCCCUGCGCGCCCCCCCGCGCCCCCGCGCCCGCACGGAGCCUCCGCGGCGCGGCCGCUCCGCCUGGCCGGCGCGCCGCCGCCGCCGCCGCCGCCGUCCGCCCCCUGCCGCCCGCCCGCCUCCCCGCCUGCCCCCGGGCCAUGUCCGCGGGCUCCGGGAGCGAGGCGGAGGAGCUGCCCGACAUGGACCUGCGGGCGCUGCAGCUGGACUACCCGCCGCCGCCGGCCAAGCGGCAGCCGCGCGGCGAGCUCUACCCCUCGGGGGACAACUCCUCGGCGGCGGAGGAGGAGGAGGAGGAGGAGGAAGAGGAGGAGGAGGAGGAGGACGGCGAGGGCAGCUGCGCGGCGGGGCCGGCGGGCGGCGGCUGCAAGAGGAAGCGGGCGCGGGGCGGCGGCCCCGGGGGCAAGAAGGCGCCGUCGGGGCCGCGGGCGCCGCCGGCCGAGGGCAAGCAGUCGCAGCGCAACGCGGCCAACGCGCGGGAGCGGGCGCGGAUGCGGGUGCUGAGCAAGGCGUUCUCGCGGCUCAAGACGAGCCUGCCCUGGGUGCCGCCCGACACCAAGCUCUCCAAGCUGGACACGCUGCGCCUGGCGUCGAGCUACAUCGCCCACCUCCGGCAGCUGCUGCAGGAGGACCGCUACGAGAACGGCUACGUGCACCCCGUCAACCUGACUUGGCCAUUUGUGGUUUCAGGAAGACCUGACUCUGACACCAAAGAAGUUUCUACUGCCAGCAGAUUAUGUGGAACUACCGCUUAGUCAAAGUAAAUAGUUUUUUUUUGUUGAUGAUGAUCAUUUUUUGAUGGGCCAGCUAUUUUUAAGAGCUGUGAUUUACGGGCUCAAGACUAGAAGAUGGUCACAAAAAAGCAUCUCUAACAAACAGUGUUAAAUCUGUGUGCCCCAUAAUUUCUUUCCUAGAGUUCCCAGGGAAGCAUAUUUAAAGCUUAAAAGAAGGGAGGCAGUGGAGAGGAGCAUUGCUGUGAACUGGCUGCAGCAGCUGAAGUCUGCGAUUUGGAAAGGCCUUUCUUUGGCUUCAUCAUGCUUAUCACUGCCUGAGGACCUGUUGUUCUGAGGCUUUUAAACUAAUGGAGGAGGAAUAUAAUGAUAUGGAAUUAACAGCAGGGACCAAAAUACAACUCCACAAACUAACCCCAAACAGUGUUAUUUGUAUUCUAAAGCAAAGCAGUAUUUUAGAGUAGCUUUGAAACUCAGAUAGAUUUAUAAUAUAUUUUGAUGGUUUUUGUAUUCAUGGAUCUGGUUUGCUGCAGCUAUGCAAUAAGUACAGUCAUCCUUUUUUUUUGACCUUUUAACCAGGUUUUUCUUAAAGACAUGUAAGUAGCUAAGUUCUACAUUUAGGCUGUCAUCCACUGGAAUUAGACUAAUGUUUGCCCUUGUUUGUCUUGAAGUGCCACAUGCAAGAGUGUGCAAAUGUCCCCAGAAAUGUGGCAGAGUUUCUGUGCCUUAAUCUGGAGAAGGAAUUCUGCUUACCAUAAAAAGGGUGCAUGUGUUGUAAAGAAUGGGCUCGUAUGAUGUUACAAAAGAGCAAGAAUUCACAACGUUUUAAAUAUUAUUCCUGUACUGUUAGGCUUAUCUAUGAAACAUGUUUACCCUCAGAUGAGUUCUAGUGACAUAUCUUCACUAAUUCAAAUGCUGUAAUGAAAGAGAAUGCCAUCAAAUAAGUUGCAAAUGUAAAUAAUUCUAUUUUUUUAUAAAUGAUAUUAAAAGCUUUGUUACAAUGA